AUGGUCAAGGAGGGUAUAGUUUUGGGAGAUAAAGUUUCUAAGGAAGGGUUAGAGGUUGAUAAAGCUAAAAUUGAUGUGAUAAGUAAAUUGCAUCCACCCACAAAUGUUAAAUCUGUUAGAAGCUUUCUUGGUCAUGCGGGGUUUUACCGUAGGUUUAUACAAGAUUUUUCUAAAAUCACCCGGCCUAUGACUAAGUUGUUAGAGAAAGAUGUCCCGUUUGUUUUUGAUAAAGAGUGUCUUGAUGCUUUCAACUUGCUUAAAGAGAGAUUGACCAAUGCCCCUAUUAUGACUCCACCCAAUUGGUCUUUACCAUUCGAGUUGAUGUAUGGGAUGAUAAGGUGGUGUGUGGCAAAUGAUGAGACACGCCAGAUUCUUGAUGCUUGUCACCAUGGCCCAACCGGUGGACAUUAUGGAGCGUCAGUCACCGAUAAGAAAGUGUAUGAUGCUGGAUUCUAUUGA